GCUGCCAGCCAUCGACAUGCUACGAGUCGUAAAACCUCGUAAUGCUCGCUCAAAGAGAGCCUUGGAAGCUCGGGAGCCCAAGGAAGUCGAGGAUCCUCGAACCGCAAUUUUUGUCAAGGGAACCUCGACUGGUGAAACUCUGAAUGCUGUCAUGAAAGAACUAAUGGCCUUGAAACGUCCACAUGCGAUUUCAUUUUCGAAGAAAAAUACUAUUCGACCAUUUGAGGACACAUCUUCGCUUGAGUUCUGGGCGAACAAAAAUGACGCUUCUAUGUUCGUCGUCGCACAAAGUACGAAGAAGAGACCGGAUGGGUUAACGUUUGUGCGCAUGUACGAUGGGAAAGUGCUUGAUAUGUGUGAGGUUGGCGUUGACAAGUUUGUCAGCAUGGAACAAUUUAAGACGAAAAAAUCGACAAUGGGACACAGGCCUUUGAUGCAUUUCGCAUCAGAGCUUUUUGAUACUCACCCUCGCUUCAUGCAACUAAAAUCGCUUCUGUUGGAUUUUUUCGGGAGUGAAGUCAUCGAAGGGAUACACCUGUCAGGUGUGGAACACGUCAUCAGCAUCCAGCUCGCUCCAACGCCAGAAGGUCUAAACGCAGCAACCAUAGAUGCUUCAUCGGAAGAUACGAAAAACUUACCGAAAGUUCAUUUACGGACGUACACGAUUAGUGCGGUUGCUUCAGGCACGAAAAUUCCUCGGAUAGAGCUCGCCCCCAUGGGCCCAUCGCUCGAUCUCACACUCAGAAGACAUCAACCUCCAGAUCCAGAUAUGCUGAAAGCUGCGUUGCGCCGACCAAAACUUAAGAAGCAAGAUAUAGAAAAGGGUCUCGGGAAACGCAAGAAGAACGUGGAAGUGGACGAGAUGGGCGAUGUGCGUGGACGCUUGCACAUUGGAAAGCAGGACCUCAGCAAGCUGCAGACGAAGAAGAUGAAAGGACUGAGGGAAGUAGAAUCGGACGAUUCAGAAAGUGAUGAGGACGAUGGAGAACGAACUGAGAAGAGACAAAAAGCGGCUUAGCCAGUCGCUUUCCUUUGUAUUUCGUUUCGAUCACAUUAAUUUACUCUCUAAUGGCCCACCCUGCUGAAUCUGUUGGAUAGCGGUGAAGCCAGUCGUGCGAUUAGAGCGGUGGAGACUAUUCUCGUUCAUGUGUCGACAGUUGUACCUCUAAUUGGAAUUCAAC